AUUUAUUUUGCAUUUUCGGACUUGUUUUUCUCUGACAUCGAUCAACUUAGAUAAGAAAAUGGCAUCCGCUGCAAAGAAUUUGGCGACAAAGACGCUUCGUUUCGGUAUGCUUCCAGCUGAUGGAAUUGGACACGAAGUUCUUCCGCCAGCUCAAAGAGUUCUUGAAGAAUUGUCCACUAGAAAAGCACUCCCAAAGUUAGAGUUCAUCCCACUUAACGCUGGAUUUGACUAUUUCAGAAGAUCAGGUGUUGCUUUACCAGAUGAAACUAUUGAGGUUAUGAAGUCUGGCGUAGACGGUGCUAUGUUCGGUAGUGUUUCUAGCCCUUCACAUAAAGUUACUGGAUACUCUUCACCAAUCGUUGCACUCCGUAAACACUUAGAUUUAUACGCCAACAUUAGACCGGUUUCAACCGUUGACGGAAAAGUAGAUAUGGUAACAGUUAGAGAAAACACCGAAUGUCUCUACAUCAAGAAGGAAGAACUCGACAGAUUACCUGACGGAACAAAGGUAGCUAGAGCAACUCGUCAAAUUACCCAAAAUGCUUCAGAAAGAAUUGGUAAACUUGCAUUUGAGAUUGCGCUCAAGAGAGAUAAGGUUAGACAAUCAGGCGGCAGUUCACCACACUCAGAGCCAAGCGUAUGGUCUAUCCACAAGUCAAACGUAUUGAGCGUCACCGAUGGUCUUUUCAGAGAAUCAAUCAAGGCUGCUCACAAGUCAGAUGAGAGAUUUGACAAAGUUAAGCUCGUUGAACAACUCGUUGAUUCAUUCGUCUACAGAAUGUUCAGAGAACCACAAAUCUUCGACGUAUGUGUAGCACCAAACCUCUACGGUGAUAUCAUUUCAGACGGUGCAGCAGCUCUGGUCGGCAGUCUUGGUGUUGUUCCUUCAAUUAACGCUAACGACACAUUCGCUAUGGGUGAACCUGUACACGGAUCAGCACCUGAUAUCGCAGGAAAGAACAUCGCUAACCCAAUCGCAUCAAUCAGAUCAGCAGCUUUGAUGAUUGAACACAUGGGAUACUCUGAUGCAGCCGCAUCAAUCUACAAAGCCGUUGACGAAGUCUUGAAGGAAGGUAAGAUGUUAACACCAGACCUUGGUGGUAAGUCAAGCACAACCGAUGUCCAAGAUGCCGUUCUUAAAGCUUUGUAAAUGCAUAUGAUAUAGAAAUUUAACCUAAAAAUGAU